ACGAUGAAAAAAGCGAUCCCUUUAGUUACAAUUGUAAAUGCGGGUCAUCAUAGUUAUGGGUCGGGUUUAAAACUACAAAAACAACUGAGUAGUCAGAAAGCUGAAGAUUGGGCCAACUUCCGUAAUUAUCUAAUUUUACAGCAACAUGAUCCAGUGUAUACCAUUGGUAUACGAACGAAGAAUUACUCAGAUGAGGAUGAACAACGUUUACGCAAACUGGGUGCUGAGUUUCAUCGUACAAAUCGCGGCGGAUUGAUAACAUUUCAUGGACCAGGCCAAUUAGUUGCAUAUCCCAUUUUACAUCUGCAUCAAUUUCAGCCGAAAAUGCGAUGGUAUGUUGCAACAUUGGAGAAGACUGUUAUUGAAAUAUGUCGCAGAAUGGGUAUACCACAAGCUACUACAACAUCUGAUACUGGCAUAUGGGUGGGAAAUAACAAGAUUUGUGCAAUCGGUGUACACGGUUCUAGAUAUGUCACAACACACGGCAUUGGUCUUAAUUGUUGUACUGAUUUGCGUUGGUUCGAACACAUUGUACCAUGCGGUAUUGAAGGAAAGGGUGUUACCUCACUGAGUCAAGAGUUACAGCGUAACGUAUGUGUAGAAGAAGCCAUCGACGUCUUUGUACGUUGUUUUGCAGACAAUUUUAAAUGUCAAAUACAAGAAAUUGUGCCAUAGUUUUAUAAAAAUUGUUUAUACUAAUAAUAUUUUUACACUUCCUAUGUUUCGAUUACAAAUGACAACAUAUUGGAACAUAGUUACACAAUCAGUGUCUUAUCAGUCUAAGCAAAUCAUUAAUAUUAUGUAAAAAAUUAUUAUAAAAGAGAGUUAAAACUUUGCUUUUGCGUGCGCGUGAAAGCACUAAGCCAAAUUGG